AUGGGGAUGGAGACACACAUACAGUCCAACAUCGCCCUGCUGCGCUCAACAAGAGCAGGAGGAGAUCAUCUCAGAAAUGAUGUGUCUUCUUCAGUAAUGGAAGGCAUUAACAGAUUGGAUCGUGACAGACUCGCAAAAGACAGAUAUACCGAUGGGCGAUCACCUAAAAAUCAUGUCACAAGAGAUAGUGUGUACAUUCCUCCACGGACUGUCCAGCCAGGAUGCAAAGGGCCAGUGGUCAACAGAGACCUCAAACCCGGGAGAAGAUUACCCCCAAGAUCAGAUGGAAGGUUACCUUUACUGGGAUCAGCUGACAGGGAUUUUACAGUCCCACAGAGACCGGUUCGAUAUUUACCAAGAGAUCAGAUGAGUUUACCACCUCUACCAACAGAGACCAUCAGUGAGCAUCGAAACAAGACUGUUGACUGUCCAGCAUCCAGACCAGUACCAAAUUCACCACACAACAGAAACCAAAACAACACACACACAUGGACAGAAUCAGGUCUGAGUGAAAUAAAGAAUGUUAAAAGUCGAUCAUCUGAAGCUCAUUUAUGUCAGAGGUUGUCUCUGGAUCUGGACUCUCAGGAUCUCAGCAGUGAUUGUGUGACAGAACACAACUUUGAGUCACAUUUCAGAAGACAGCAGAACCAUGAAUGGCCACCAACUAAAGAAGAUUCACACCACAGCGGCUUCAGCAGCCACAGCAAACCUGUACAGGGUUUAGAGGAGCAGAACUGGUAUGUUGGCCCGUUUAGUCGCGUAGACUCUGAACAUGCUCUUCAUCUGGUCAACCGGGAGGGUGCCUUCCUGGUGCGCGACUGCUCGAGGAACACUACCCAGGAACCCUUUGUUCUCGCUGUGUUUUACGACAAAAGGGUUUUCAACAUUCAAAUUCGUUUCUGUGAGGACACCUGUAAAUACACUCUGGGAACAGGACUCAGAAACAGUGAAAGGUUUGAUUCCGUCACUGACAUCAUCAAGUUCCACUCCAUCUUUCCCAUCAUCCUCAUUGAUGGACGGAAAAUAUUGGCAGCUAACAACCCGAGAAGACACAGUGUCCUCAUGUACCCGGUCACAAAGCAGGACAUGACAGAACUGUUGCGCUAAACAUCCCCGACACAGAUUUAAAAAGAAGUCUUUAAAACGUCAUUGAGUUUUAUUUAAGACUUUAAUGUAUUGUUGUACAGACAUUUGGUGUAACAUAACUAAUAAAUCAUUUAUUAAAAUGUUGGUGUGUAUCUGAACUUGAUUCAGAAACACAUCCUCUGAUUUACUGAU